AUGUCCAGGCCCGCCUCAGCAGCGGCGGGCACGCCAGUGCUGUCGUCGCCUCCGCCAUCCGAAUCAUUCUUCUCAGACUUUGACGGCACAGCCGGUAGCGUCCUCGAUACGACAUUCGGCGACGGAUGGGAGCCACCAGCAGACGCUAGUGCCCUCAACAUUGUCAGCUGGAAGCUCGGUGUCGAUGCCCAAGUCACCGAUGGUGUCGACAAGCGUGGAUUCAAUGCUAUCUCGACCGUGCUCAACCACCCGACGAGGAAGGCCAACCCAUUGCGCGCGAGCCGCAAGCCACUCCCUGCCCUCGCUCAGCCCGCCCCCAUUCUCCCCAAACCGUUUCCGACCUCUCAUUAUGACGGCUACCUCAAGCAGAUUGCCCCUCUGUACGAGACCUUUGUCCAGAGUCAAGCUGCCGCUGCAGCGUCGUCAUCAACGCCAGUGUCCGAGCUCGACUUGCAAGCGAGCAAGGCCGCCGACCUGCCUUCCCUCAACUCUAUCCCGUCCAUGUUCUUCGACUCCAACUUUGACAUCGCCAACCCUAACAACUGGACACAAGUCAUGGACAUGGCUGAGAGUAGCUCCAAACCAGGCGACGCGGCGAUCCAGGACUCGCUCUCGACCUGCCUCGACAACCUCGAACGCCACCUGGUGCACGAGAUUACCCUGCGUUCGUCCUCCUUCUUCUCCGCCCUCGCCAACCUCCAAGACCUCAACUCCGAGUCGUCAUCCUGUCUCACUCGAAUCGCCGACCUCAAGGGGUCGUUGGCCGAUGUAGGCGGCAAGCAGGCUCGCAAGGGUCUGGAGAUCAUCGACGCCCAGUCCCGUCUCCGCUCCUUGAGAGUGACAGAAGGAGGCAUCAAGCGUGUUGCCGAGCUGCACGACUGCCUCCGCAUUGCCAAGGGAAUGGCCGAUGGUGGCGACUGGGCAGGCGCACUGAGCUGUGUUGAGGAUGUUGUCAAGUGGUGGGAACGCAACGGGGACGACGAGUCUCUCCCGCUCACGACUCUCCCGGCGUUCGCCAACCUGCCCACAUCAAUAGCGGCACUCACGUCCAACGUUGCGUCUCAGGUCGAGACUUCUCUGUCCGCCGCGCUCCUGUCUCUCCUCAGCACAACCAGCGACUUUGACAAGGAUACGUUCCGCAAUGCAGUCGGCCCAAUGCUCAUCGGCUUGGUCCGAUGUGGAUGCGUGGACGCCCUUGCCGGUGUGUGGCGCAAUGAGGUGACAAACGCCAUCCGACAAGGUUUGAGACAACACCUCCCAAUAGUCGACGAGGACGAUAUCGAGACAAGGCAGACUGGUGGCUUGCAACAAUCGGGCCAGAGCCUGGCACAGUCGCUGCAGACUAUGGACCACCACGCCUUCCUCACACUUUCCGAAGUCAUGUACGCGUCCAUGCUGGCCCGUCUUCAUCUUGUUCAGCAGAUGGGCGAGGAGAUGGCCACCAUGUUGUCCGAGCACAGCGACAUUCCCACAUUAUCGAUCACGGCCCGCGGUGCUACGACCCCACCCACCACGUCCAAGGCGCAGUUCGAGCCAUCCGAGGUCCUCACUUCUGCGUGCGAGUUGGCCAACACGCGCGCGUCCAAGAUCAUCUCGGUCCGUUCCGAGCAGCACGCCGAAUUGCCCCUCGACCAGUUUGUCGCCAUCUUCAACGAGUCGUGGUCGUUUGUUGUCGCCACUGAGAGCCUGGCAAGGCGCAUGAUCGUCUCGCUCCGCGGUGUCUUGUCAUCGCAGGCCAAGUCGUUCCUCGUCCAGUACCACGCCGAGAGACUCACCAAGUCGGCCAAGUUUGUCGAGGAGGAGACUUGGGUCCAGAUUGACGUCUCGCCACGCACACAGCACAUGGUCGACCUCCUCGUAGCUGCGGCAGUUCAGGAUCCGGACGAGUGCUUCAUCCCGCCCAGGCCCAACGGCACGACCAACGGCGAGGCACCACGCUCUGUGCAAAAGUUUAUCUCGGUCGAAGACAAGACCUUCUUUGUGGUCAAGGCCACUGCCGAGUCGCUCACUCUCCUAGGCGACUAUCUGUGGAUUGUCGUCAACUUGGAACUGGUCGUCACCGACGUCAUGUCGCGCAUUGUCGAAUUCCUCAAGUCGUUCAACUCGAGGACGUGUCAGGUCGUUUUGGGAGCUGGCGCCAUGCGCUCGGCAGGUCUCAAGAACAUCACUGCCAAGCACCUCGCCCUCGCCUCACAAUCCCUUUCCGUCGUCGUCGCCCUCAUCCCGUAUAUUCGCGAAUUUAUCCGCCGUCACCUCAACCCAAGGCAAGCGGUCAUGCUUGUCGAGUUUGACAGGAUCAAGCGCGACUACCAGGAGCACCAGAACGAGAUCCAUGCCAAGCUCGUCGCCAUCAUGGCCGAUCGUUUAGCCGUGCACUGCGGCGAGCUGAGAGAAAUCGACUGGGAGGCGACUCCAGACAAGGAAGGACCCCGUGGGUACGCCCUCAUGCUUGUCAAGGAGACUGCGACGCUGCACAAGGUGCUGUCCAAGUACCUCGCUCCCCAGACUGUCGAGGUGGUCAUGUCCCAGGUCCUCGCUGCGAGCGUUCACCGCCUGGGUGAAGAGUACACCAAGGUCGAGUUCAAGAGCGACGAGGCGAAGCAGCGCAUGCUACAGGACGUUGCGCUCAUUGCGACCCGUCUUACCCCGCUUUCCGAGACAUCGACCUCCAUCUCUGGACUCGAAAAGCUUGUCCGCGAUAAGCCUACCCCGCGCAAGGCCGUCGCAGCAGCCAUGCGCGGCUUAUUACGCCGCAACGGCACUGCCGACAAGGACACGCCGCUUGCCCCCGGCGACGUGCCAGAGGAAGAAGAGAUUGACGAGGAAGGCGGCGGUUUGGUCACCGAGGAUGCUCCGCCCGCAAGCCCUCUUCCACAGGACGGCAACCCCAUGUCACCUGGUCCGUCGACACCGCGCCUCGGUGGCCCGUCUUCCCCCACCAAGCUCUCAUCGCCUGUCAAGGUCGCCUCCCCUAGUCGGCCUGCCGCCCUCGCCCUCGGAUCGCCCACAAAGCCUGCAUCCCCAUCAGCCUCCCGCCCCACCACCCCAGGGCCUGCCCCCGCGCCUGUGCCGGUUCCUGCCCCAAUCGUCAUGCCCACUACACCAGUGCUCGGGUCCAGCCUCUCCAACCCUCCCUCACCGUUUAGGUCGCCCGCCAAGUCUCCUGUUGUACGCCCAUUCCCCACCAAGAAGGCGUCCUGGGGCUACGAGGUCCGGGGCGAGGAGCCAGAGAAGGAUGUGGAGCCGGCGCCCGUGGAGCCCGUAAAGGAGGUCGAGGAGGCCGAGGAAGUCAAGCCCACCGAACCAACACCUGAAACGCCUGCCCAGGAAGAUGUCGCCCCCGCUACGCCUGCCAAGGAGGCUGUUGCCCUCGAGCCCGAGGAGCCCAAUGCCGCGGCCGAGACUGAAACUGUGACCGAGACCAAGCCUGAACCUGAGGCUGCGGUUGAGGCUCCUCCGGCCAUUGAGGAGACGACCGAGACCACCGACAAGGAGACCCCAGCAACCCCUGAGCUUGAGCCCGAGGCAAAUGCUCCUCCCUCUUCAUCGCCAUCUCCAGGCCCUCCCCCACCACCAAAAGAUGACACCACGCCCACGUCUUCCGCAUCUGCCGCCAUACCGGAACCGUCUGAUACCCCGGAAUGA